CCAAAACUAUGAAGGUUCGGGUAAAACCAAAGCACGAAGCAGGAGCUGCCGUGAAUUAUAUCUCUCGACGUGAGGCUUUGAAAAAGCUCCAACUAUCAUUAAAAGACUUCAGACGUCUCUGUAUACUUAAGGGCAUAUACCCGCAUGAGCCAGCUCAUAAGAAGAAGGUCAAUAAAGGAUCUACUGAAAAUCGUGUAUGGUAUUAUCGAAAGGACAUAAAUUUCCUUGCUCAUGAGCCAAUUAUUAACAAGUUCCGUGACUAUAAGGUUUUCCUGAGGAAACUAAACCAUUACAAAGCAAAAAAAGAUGAAUCGAAGGUGAAAAAGUUGUACGACAAUAAACCUGAGUAUGAGUUGGAUCGAAUGGUUAAGGAAAGGUAUCCUACAUUUGGUUCCGCCAUUCGUGAUCUUGACGAUGCACUGUGUUUAUGCUUUGCUUUCGCGACUCUCCCACAUACUCGAAUUCUCAAAGAGGGACUUAUUGAUAGCUGCCGGCGUCUUACUGCAGAGUUUAUGCAUUAUAUUAUUGAAGCGCACGCUUUGAAGAAUACAUUUAUUUCCAUAAAGGGUAUAUAUUAUCAAGCAGAAAUAUGUGGCGAGAAAGUUACAUGGAUAGUUCCUCAUGAUCGUGGAUUGCCCCAUGUCACGGAUGUUGAUUUCACCGUCAUGGUAACGUUCGCUGAAUUCUAUGUUGCUAUGCUCGGGUUUGUGAAUUUCCGUUUGUACCAAAUGAUUGGACUGUACUAUCCUCCUCAAAUACAGACCGGCCAAAAUAUGGUUGCAGCAGAUGAUUCUGAUGAUGAAGAACGUGUAGAGAAGAUAUACAGUUUGGCACGGCCUUUGGCGAAGCGAACAGGUGCAGAAACCAGCGAGGACCAAGAGGUUCCUUUAGUUGCUGAUUUCGGUAGUUUCUCCUCUGUGCUAAAGCAUAUUGUCUUUCAGGAAGCUGUAGAAAUGUUUGGAGAUGAAGGGAACGCCUUGGCAGAGAAACUGAAAGAAGCUAAACUGAUCAAGAACCAGUAUUCAAAAAACCUUUGUUCAACCUCUGUUUCCAGAAAUCUUUUCAAAGGACUUGUAUUUUUCCUGAACAGAGAGACACCAAAAGAGGCGUUGACAUUGAUAAUUCGUAAUUGUGGCGGUGUUGUUGGGUGGAGCGGAGGUCCCACAAAUCUGGAAGAAUCAGAUUCGUCCAUCACGCAUCAGAUUGUUGAUCGACCCAUGUCCAAGUUCGACAUGAGCAGAAGAUACAUUCAACCACAAUGGGUGUUUGACUGUUUGAAUGCACGGCGGAAAUUGCCUACAGAAAAAUACAUGGUAGGUGUUCAACUACCACCGCAUUUUUCACCGUUUACAAAGGAUAAACCUGGAGAUUAUGUGCCACUGGAAAGGUUGGAAGAAUUGAGGAGCAUGGGGCAAGAUGUGUCUGCUCUGAUUGCGAACGAACCUGCAUUGCCGCCCAAACCGAAAGCCAAAAAGGUGAAAAAGACCGAGGAGGAACCGAAGGGUAUGAGAGCUACUCUUGGAAAAAUGCAUAAGAAGAAUAAACAACUUGAAGUGAACCAGCAGCACGCUGAAGUGAAGAUGCGUGAAAUGAUGAUGCCUAAGAAGCAUAAACGAGUAUACCAUAGUAUACGUCAGAAGAUGAAGAAGGAUAAAAAUCAGGCAAUCAAACUUAAGGAGAAAAGAGCGAAAAUUGAAGGGUCAGCAGAUAGUUAA